AGCCUGCAAACAGGGACGUCAUCUCAAGAAAAUGCACAGAAGUGCAGGGGAAGACUGCAAAGGAAAACAGAGCUUAAAAAAGGACAGCUUUGUUUACUUGACCAAAAUAGAGAAGGUAGCAAAACUUUUUUUUUUUUUUUUUUUUAAUUUUGGAAGGAAAUUUACUAGAAAAAAAAAUCUUUGUUCUGCUAAAGAUCACAAAACCAGCUUCAGAUACUUCUAAAAGAUGUUAAAGAUGUUUUUGGAAAGCUUUUUGAUUACUAAGUUAUACUGACUCAUAAGAGCAACGUUGCAAUGCUUACUAAGGUAACCUCACUUCUGGUACAAUGAUUUUCACCAAUGAUGUGCUUUUUCCUUAAAGGAAGGCGGAGUUUCAAGUUAGUGUCCGGGCCAUAAAUAAGAGGGUCCUAUGUCAGGGAAAUUAGAAGUCAGUUAACAUAAGCGUAUACUCAGACUGAGCAUUAGAGGGCUUUUCUAAACUAAGGCUGUUGAAACUGAAGAAAUCAGAUAGUUAUUAGGAAGUUUAGAUAUAAAAUCAACAGUAAGAAAGCAAUUUCUCUUGGCUGACUGAUUAGCCGUGCUUAAGGCAGCAUGAAUCCUGUAUUUAGUACCUUGUUGUUUUCAGUGCUUCUGCUGCUGACCCACAGAAUUCAGGAGCUGGUGGAGGCGUGCAGCUGUGCCCCUGCCCAUCCGCAGCAGCUCAUCUGUGAUUCUGCUUUAGUGAUUCGAGCAAAAAUAUCCAGUGAAAAGGUGGUUCCUGCCAGUGAUGAUCCUCUUGAUACCCACAAAAUGAUCCGGUAUGAAAUCAAACAAAUAAAGAUGUUUAAAGGAUUUGAAAAGCUCAAGGAUGUCCAGUACGUCUAUACUCCUUUUGAUUCAUCACUCUGUGGAGUGAAACUAGAAGCUAACAACAAAAAGCAGUAUCUUUUGACAGGCCAAAUUUUAAAUGAUGGUAAAGUCUUCAUCCAUUUAUGCAACUACAUUGAACCAUGGGAUGAUUUAUCCUUGUCUCAAAAGAAGAGCCUUAAUCAGAGAUAUCAAAUGGGCUGUGGCUGUAAAAUUACUACCUGCUACACGGUGCCCUGCUCGAUCACUGCACCAAAUGAGUGCCUCUGGACAGACUGGCUGAUAGAAAGAAAGCUAUAUGGGCACCAAGCCAAGCAUUAUGCCUGUAUCAAGAGAAGUGAUGGCACUUGCAGCUGGUACCGAGGUGGCCCUCCACCAGAGAAAGAGUUUAUUGAUAUCAGCGAACCUUAAUGUGGUGACUUCCUGAAAAGCCUUGGAGUCUAAUUCCAUCAAAUGUUGCACGCUCACAGCUUUGAACUGCUAUCACCUAAUGUAUCUGUUGCUUAGAAACAAAAACAAAUUGUCCUGUACAGCUGAAGUAUGAGUCUGUGGAAUUGGCACUCAGGCAAGAAGAGGAACAAAUCUCCUGGAGGUAGCUCUCUGUAAAGUUAUGCUUUAUCUAGAGAGGCUCAAGCUGAGAAUGCUUCUCUGUGUUCUCUAAGGCAUAACA